GUAAAUCUUGUUAUGUCGGUUGUGAUUUUAAUGGUCUCGUAAGCGCGGCUGCAUGCCAAGAUGGGAGCAUGUUGCGAGCUCAAGAGGACAUUGGUAAUGGAGAAUACAGAUUAGGCGGAGGUGUGUGGUAGUGGCAGCCUAAGACGAGCGUUGCGGUGACCGACCAGGAUGACCGCCAUGUCAGCAGAGGACCACGAGGAAAUAACCGUUGACGGGGCGUCGAGUCGGGAGGCUUCUCCCGCGCCGGUGUCCCCGACCCGCGGCCGCAGCAGCUCGCCGCUCGACCUCAGCAGGGACGAGGCCCUGCACGCCCGCCAUGGGGACGCUCGCAGCCCCAAAGGUCAGCACGGGCGCCUUUCGUUCAGCAUAUCUUCGCUCUUAGAGUCGUCGGGCCGCGCAGCAGCGCUCCGACACCGACUCCUGGAGGAGGGAAGUGAGUCCGACCGCGAGUGCGACGGCGGCUUUGUGGGAGAACUGGAGCGCCGCAGCCGGCACAGUGACAGAGACAGUGAACGGUGCGAACGGGACAGUGAACGCAGUGAGCGGGAACGCGAAGGGGACGACCGGGAGAGGUUAAGUUGUGCUGGCAGUGAGGCUGAGGGCGAGGACGAUGACAGUGAGCGCCCCUUCCAGCCCUUCACGUACACACACAUGCCCUUCAUGGGCGCGGGCGGGCUCCUGCCUCCCUUCUCCCUCGUUCCUCCCAUGGGAGCCGCCGCCGCCGCCGUGGCCGCCGGCCUGGGCUCUCAGGGGUCCCUGGCGGCGAUGACCGGCCCCGGGGGCGUCAUCCGCGUGCCAGCCCACAGGCCCUCCGUCGGGGGCGCCCCGGGAGCAGGCGCCCUCGGGGCCAUGCUACCCCACAUGGCGGGCGCCCCCCUGCCCUGGCUGGCGGGGCUGACCCCCCUGGAGCGCACGGCCGCCAUGGCUCAUCACCUGUCUGCCCUCAACCCUAUCACAGGUCCCUUUGGAUUCCCGCGGAGGAUCGGACACCCUUAUCAGUCGAGGACUCCGCCAAAGCGAAAGAAGCCGCGCACCUCCUUCACAAGAGUUCAGGUGAACGAACUCGAGAAGCGGUUCAACAAGCAGAAGUACUUGGCGUCCAGCGAGCGAGCAGCCCUGGCCAAGCAGCUCAAGAUGACGGACGCGCAGGUCAAGACGUGGUUCCAGAACCGAAGAACCAAGUGGAGCCAUGCCAGAUCCAAUACCCCACCUUCCACAAACACAUCCCCCCUAACCACACCAAAAUGGAAAAGAAUCUACUCUCUCGCGUCUCGAAUCACCAAACUGUCCACGUCCCUCAACAACUGA